AUAUGACUGCUCUGACCUUGAGCGUUGUUCUCCGUAGUAUAUAAGCUGAGGUUCAAGGCUCUGUUAGUUCAUUGCUUCCCCUGCCUGUGUUUGGUACUCAUACUUGCGAAUAAAUCUUGAUCAUGAAGUGGCUAUCGAUUGUCCUGGCCCUUACCGUGGUUAUCUCGUGCAUGAUGACCUGGACCGACGCCGCGCCCGACCCAUCCCCCGCGGCUGACCCUUCUCCGGACGCUAGCCCUGACCCUUUCUUCUUCGGAGGUUUUGGAAGAGGAUUCGGAUUCGGCAGAGGAUUCGGGAGGCGUGGUUUUGGGAGGCGUGGUUUCGGGAGGCGUGGCUUCGGUGGGCGUGGUUUCGGUGCAAGAUUUGGCAGAGGAUUCGGGUUUUUCGGAUGAAGUUUUCCUCGAGUCACUCCUUAUGUUAUUGUCCUUUUGUUAUGGCAUUUGUAUUUUCUUGCCGGAAAUAAAUGUGUUUACUGAUA